GUCACUGCUUGCGAAGUCCACAUUUUGGAUUUUGCUCCGACGAUGGCCUAUAUAAACGGCUCUCGCCGGCCAUUUUCCUCGUCACCAGUUCCCCGAAACCGCCGCAGAUCCCGGACUGAAGAAAUUAAUGGCUACUCCAACCGUCGUGCCGGAAGUUCGUCCGCUGUCAUUGGAAGCUGACGCCGAACAACCUUCGCUCUUCGACGGAACCACCAGGUUGUAUAUGGCUUACUAUUGUCCAUUUGCACAGCGUGCUUGGAUCACAAGAAAUUACAAGGAUAAAAUUAAAUUAGUGCCUCUAAACCUUCAAAACAGGCCUGCCUGGUAUAAGGAAAAAGUCAAUCCAACAAACAAGGUGCCAGCAUUAGAACACAAUGGAAAAGUUAUUGUAGAAAGCCUUGAUUUGAUCAAAUACAUAGAUAGCAACUUUGAAGGCCCUUCUCUUUUCCCAGAUGAUCCUGCUAAAAGGAAAUUUGGUGAAGAGUUGCUAGCUUAUAUUGAUACAUUUACUGGGGCAGUAUACCCUUCAUUUAAGGGUGACCCUCCUAAGGAAGCAGGUCCUCAAUUUGAUUACUUGGAGAAUGCUUUGCAGAAAUUUGAUGAUGGCCCAUUCUUUUUGGGUCACUUCAGUGGGGUGGACAUUGCAUAUAUCACAUUUAUGGAAAGAUUCCAUAUUUUCUUAAAUGAAAUUUUCAACUAUGAUAUCAAAAAAGGAAGACCUCAUCUAGCUACAUGGAUCGAGGAGUUCAACAAGAUUGAUGCUUACAAGCAAACAAAAUAUGAUCCUAAAGCGAUUGUUGAACUUUACAAGAAGCGCUUCAUGGCUUAAAAGAACAAACAAUAGAGCUUCGUGGAUACAUUUAGCUUGACGAUAUCGAUCAAGAAUUUCAAAAUCGUAUGUUUAAUUACUUUUUCGGUUUGUGUUGUUAAUUUAAUAAUAAUUGGAUUAAGGAUCAAACCAUUAACCUUUAAAAUGGUAAUUGAUCCCUUAUUUAUUGAACUUUUUAAUUUAUCUACUUUGAUUUCAUCUAUUUGUAUUGAUACUUAAACCAUAUGUGUAAGUUUGGAUUAAGGAGAUAAUUUUAUUUUUCUUUUCAUGCGUUUGUAAUUUGAUUUUUAUACGAUUUUCCAUUCGAAUGUAGUUGAAUUGAUAAAAAGUCCAUUAUCAUCUCAUAUAUGUGUCCUACGAACAUAUGUAAAAUACAUCUAAAUGCACAGAUUAACUUAAUAUAUU